AUGAAUUCGUCGAUUGUCUCCGAGAAGAAGAACCCGCAAGUCUCAUCAGUCGAUGUCGUCUCCAAGAAGAACUCGAAAGUCUCAUCUGAGAAGAAGCCGGAAGUCUCAUCAGUCGGCUCCGAGAAGAACCCAAAUCAAUCCACCGUCGAAUCCCAUCAGAAAAGGAAGCAUUCCACGGUGGUCUCCCACAAGAAUUCCAAUCACUCAUCCUUCGUCUCUAGCGACAGUGAGAUCAAGCUGAAACGCCGCCGAGUCGGCUCAUGGCUGUCGAAGUUAGCUGCACCGCCGCUUCAACACGAGCUUGAUGUUUCACCGGAUUCACCACUAGGUCAACCUCUCUUACAACCAGCUCAGAAUCUCCGUACUCCCCAAGACUAA